CUCCCCUCUACUGCUGCGGCUGAAGCGACCUGGUAUAUUACGAGAUUGUGAGCCAAUUCGAAUAUGCUCUCUUCUUGAUCUUUCUCUUUCUCCCUUUAUAUAGAGCCGUCUCUCAUUCAUUCGUUUCUUUCCUACUAGCUACCACAUCUUCCUUUAAUUAUGUCUUCCCCUUCGCCCUCUCUUCGCAAGAGGGGUGGCAAGAAGGAGAGUACCCCCGUGCCUGCGGACAAUUUCCCGUCUCCUUUUUCGUCUACCAAAGCGCCUCGUCCCCAGUCAGAAUGGAGCUAUUGGCUGGCCAUUGCCGUUCUGACUGUCCUGGCUUUCAUCACCCGAUUCUACAAGAUCUCGUAUCCCAACGAAGUUGUCUUCGAUGAGGUGCAUUUUGGAAAGUUCGCCUCGUAUUACCUCCAGCGCACGUACUUCUUCGAUGUUCACCCCCCAUUCGGCAAGCUUCUUUUUGCUUUUGUGGGAUGGCUGAUCGGCUAUGAUGGCCACUUUUUGUUCGACAACAUCGGCGAUUCGUACAUCGACCACAAGGUCCCCUAUGUUGCCCUUCGUGCUAUGCCGGCUACCCUCGGUGCUCUAACCGUGCCCGUGGUGUUUCUCAUCAUGUGGGAGUCCGGUUAUUCGCUACCAGCCUGUGUCUUGUCGGCAGGUCUCGUCUUGUUUGACAAUGCACACAUUGGAGAGGAUCGCCUGAUCCUCCUGGAUGCCAGUCUGGUUUUGGCCAUGGCCUUGAGUGUCUUGUGCUAUGUCCGCUUCUACAAGCUGCGUCAUCAGCCGUUCGGCCGCAAGUGGUGGAAAUGGCUUCUCUUGACCGGUGUGUCUCUAAGCUGCGUUAUCUCCACCAAGUACGUUGGCGUCUUCACUUUCGUCACCAUCGGAUCUGCGGUCUUGGUCGACCUGUGGAAUUUGUUGGACAUCCGCCGACCUGGCGGUUCUCUCAGCAUGUUCCGCUGGAGCCAGCACUUCGCUGCACGCGCUUUUGGACUAGUCGUCGUUCCAUUCUUUUUCUAUUUGUUCUGGUUCCAGGUUCACUUCACCAUUCUGAACCGCUCCGGUCCUGGCGACGACUUCAUGACCCCGGAAUUCCAGGAAACUCUCAGCGACAAUGCCCUGACUGCGGACUCCAUCGGCAUUCAAUACUAUGACAGUAUCACUAUCAAACACAAGGACACCAAGGUUUUCUUGCACAGCCACCUGGAGACAUACCCGCUUCGCUAUGAUGAUGGACGUAUUUCCAGCCAGGGCCAGCAGGUCACUGGUUACCCUUACAACGACACCAACAACCACUGGCAGAUCAUCCCCACCGUCCCCUUCGAUGUCACUGACACCACUGGACACCCUGUACGGAAUGGCGAUGUUGUCCAGCUCCGUCAUUUGGGCACAGACACAAUGUUGCUCACCCACGAUGUGGCGUCGCCUUACUAUCCGACCAACCAGGAGUUCACUACCGUCUCCCAAGAACUCGCUAACGGCGAGCGCCACAAUGAUACACUCUUCGAGAUCAAGAUCGAGAAUGCGAAGCCCCAGCAGGAGUUCCGAACUCUUUCGAGUCACUUCAAGCUGGUCCACGUGCCCACUCGGGUGGCCAUGUGGACGCACACGACUCCUCUGCCGGAAUGGGCUUUCAAGCAGGCCGAAAUCAAUGGCAACAAGAACAUUCUUCAGACUAGCAACCUCUGGUUCAUCGAAUCCAUUGAGUCUCUAGAAGAGGGCAGUCCACGCCUCUCGAAGGAAGAGCGCCAGGUCAAACAUCUGUCUUUCUUCCGCAAGUAUAUUGAGCUGCAGCGCGCUAUGUUCCACCACAACAACGCUCUGACUUCCAGCCACCCUUACGCCAGCGAGCCUUUCCAGUGGCCCUUCCUUCUUCGUGGUGUCAGCUUCUGGACUAAGAACGAUACCCGGGAGCAAAUCUACUUUUUGGGUAACCCGAUCGGCUGGUGGAUCGCAAGCAGUCUCUUGGCUGUCUUCGCGGGUGUUAUCGGUGCCGACCAAUUGUCUCUCCGACGUGGUGUCGAUGCCGUAGAGGAGAUCUGGGGCGUGGGUGCGCGUUCGCGCUUGUAUAACAGCACUGGCUUCCUUUUCCUCUGCUGGGCGGCUCAUUAUUUCCCUUUCUGGCUGAUGGGUCGUCAGCGUUUCUUGCACCACUAUCUUCCUGCUCACCUUGCUUCCGCCCUCGUUGCCGGUGCUCUGAUUGAGUUCAUCUUCAACUUGGAGCCCAUCUCCAUUGUGAAGUCUGUGCCUCUAGAGGAUGACUCGACCGGCAAGUCUAAGGCAACCGUUCGGAUCACCCACUUUGUGACGGCUUCGGAGCGUCUCGGACGGAAGUCUCUGAUUGCGGGAUGGGCUGCAACUCUGGUGAUUCUGGCCCUAUAUUCUUGAUUUAUCUCAGUCACUCCUCUGUACCAAAAUCUAUAUCUGAAAUAUUACGUUGUGAUACUACAUUACCAUGAAACCAGGAUUCAGACCAGACGACACCAAAAACACA